AUGGGCAUUGUUGCUUCAGAUCUUCUUCGCUCAUGCUUGCUGCUUGGUCUCCGGCCCCUUCACAAGUUUACAGCAGCCGAUUCACCUCACUCGCUGUCAGCGGAAAAAUGGGCGCCCGUUGCUGUCAUUUACAGCCUGUCCAGCUUGAAACCCGUGGUUGCAGCAGGUCUGGAUGCGUUGACGCUGCAAACUGUUUGGAGAGUGGUGCUCCCCACAGUGGGAGCACUUUUCGGCGGUAUCGCCAUCUACGAGCCCCUCUGCCGAUGGCUCCAGGAUAUGCUUGACAUUGGGAAUACCGGCAGAGGACCCAUCUUGCAGCUUCUGGCAAUGGACCAGUCGCAGUUCAUGCAAAACUUCCUGACCGUCAAUGGUCUUUUGUUCACAAUUCUUUGUGGUAAUACCUACAAUUCGCUCUACAACCAGCAAGAGGUCUUGUUUCACGCGUUGUUCACGGAGGUUUCCGAGGCAAAGUCCCUCCUGGAGCAGGCCUGCCUGGUCUGCCAAGGGCGGCCGUUCUAUCCCAAAAUGCUGGACAGCAUCGGCGACUACGUUUCGACGGAUCUGCGCCGCCUUGAUGUUGAGCCUGCCGACCUUCUGGCCAACCGUCCCAUGGAUGACCCCCUGGAGUACAUCCUCUACGCAACCUCGGUCGGUGUGCCGUCCAUUAUCUACGACACCAUCCGGGACCUACGGCAGGCAAGAGGCCAGCGAUUGGGAGCGAUGCAGAGGAAGCUGCCUGCCAUCCAUUUCGUGCUCCUCUACGUCUUGGGCAUCCUUGAGCUGAUGGCAUUCCCUCUGUUGGGGGCAGGGACCUACUCUAUGUCCCCGGAUGAGAAGAUCUUGACCAUCCAGGCCUUGUUCUUUGGCGCCAUGUCGGGUGCCAUUGUCAUGACGCUCCAGGUCAUCUACGAGCUCUGGAAGCCUUUUGGUGGCGCCUACACCGUCGACACAGCCCUGGAGAAGAUGGUGCAGGGCCUCGAGGAGGAGCUUCGCGUGCGGAAGCGACUCUGGCAGCCCAUGAAUGGCGAGAUGUGGCCUCCCGGCGAACCUGAGCGAGCUCCGACUCAGGGCUGA